GAAGUGUCACAGUACACGCGCUUACCUGCUGCUGGAAGUGGAUCAUGUCCAGAAGGUUCUGGGCUCCAGGUGAUAGACUAGCUCCCAUCUCUUCUACCAUAGUUUGGACCUGCUCCAGGUCAAUACCGGGUGGACGAUCCAGGGGGUUUGAGGGUGGAGGGAGAAGACCCACGGUCAUUUGAUGGACAAGCACACUGCUGCGCCCCCCCAAAGAGAGCAGCUGUAGUGCAUCAUCAAACAGAGAUGUUACCGGUGAAGCUGUGGGUGUAUAAUCACAAUGUGUGUAAUAAACAAUAGGCAGCGCUCACUUUGAUGUCACAUGAUGAUACUGGACUUGGAAUAAUCAACUGUUUUCUGUAGAAUGGUCCACGAUCAGACCUGAGAAAGCAAAAUAAUAGCAUAUCCCUGUAAUACACCAAUAGAUGAUGGACAAUUAAAAUGGCAAAAAAAAAAAAAAAGUGUCACAUUUACACACGUACUACUAUUAUGAUAGCAACAUUAUAACAUUAACAUAAUUAACAGACUAAUAAAAAGUGCAAUAACAAACCUAGAGGUCUGUACUUCACACCUUUUCACAUGUACUUGCGUGUCUGCUUCCCCCCUCACCGUCCCACAGUACUCCCCAUGUUGAUCAUAGACUUCUAAUGUACGAGCUUCGCUGACCAACAUCAGCCGACCGAUGAUGGCUGGUGAGUCAGUGCUACUGCGCAAGGUCAGGACACACGGUGACCCUUCCUUCCGCUGCUCCAACAUAACUGGGCUGCAAAAGGGGACAAAUGAGGUAGAGUUAAGCUAGUUUUUCCAGGCAGUGACCAAGGAAACUGAUCUAGGUGAUUCUGACCCAUGUGAUAUGUCUGAGUCCGGCAGUUCUUCUCCUUCAUUUUUGAGUUGAACCAAAACAAGGAUGUCGGACAGUUGACUGGCAGUUUCACAUACCCAGGCCUCUCCACUCUUAACAGAAAUCUCCACCAUGAUUUUGGACAGGUCAGCUGAGUCAGGCUGAAAGAUCAGAAGCUAUAAAUACAUUUCCUUAGUCAGGUUACCACCAUCUAUCACAAAGUAAAAAAAAAAAAAUCUCACUGAGACAGAAAAGUUGACUAGAUGAAGAAUGCAAGGAAUAUACUCCCAUAAAUAAAAUAAUAUAAGAAAUAACUUAUUUAUAACGGACAUAAAGCACACUGUUGUUGAUAGCUGUUUUUUCUCACACAAGGCAUUACUAUCUGAACUACUGACCUUGCAAUACACCACCGGUUCUGUCCAAAUACGAAACGAAUCUCAACAUUACGAGGUUGAGUAACACAACGGUCAUUUUAACACACGAAUCUCUCAGAAACGUCGCCGCGCAAUAAAUGACUCUGUCAUGUUCUCCGACAACGUGUCCAAAAUAUCAGCGACUAACGCAAACAGAAAUCCGAAUUUUUACUCCAGAUAAUGAGUAAACUGACACAACGGAGCCGAAUCACAUAGGUCCACACAGUUUUUCUUCUUUAUAAUAGUUUCAGUCAAGUAUGUGCAACAGUGCCACCUGGAGUUCAGGAGACCAGAUUUUUGAUGAUAUUUGUCACGCCAGUAUAUGUAAUAAACCGCAAUGUAGAGCCUGGCCUGGUUGGAAUCACACCAAAAUAAAAUUUUUCCAUUGAUGCUGGAAGAAUGAAAGUAACUUUCAAGAAACUGUGAAGGCGAUAUGGAACAGAUUCUCCAAAGUGUAGUGACUGCUUCAGUCGAUAGAGGCACCAUGUAGCAUCGCAGUUUUUCUCAUCUCAGAAGAAGACGCGUAGACACCGAAAACAGAAUUUGAAGUUACGUGGAAGGCGGGGAUGUAGUGGUUACCAGGGAUGGAUUUUACCGAGUGUUACCAAGACACCGUGUCUAGUGUAGCAGCAGCGGCUCGCUCUGGCAACCGCGCCCACCUGCAGCAGUUGAUCCGGCGGGGGUUCAGUGUGGAAACCCGUGACAACAGGGGUUGGAGUCCGUUGCACGAAGCUGCUGCCGCCGGGAGCAUCAUCUGCGUCCGGGAUAUUCUGUCUGCUGCUGCUGGUGACACAGCAACUCCCCCGCGACACUUCGUGAAUUCUCAGACGCACGAGGGCGAGUCUGCGUGUUUCCUGGCAGCGAGGCAUGGCCAUGUGGACGUGGUCAAACUACUCUUGAGGGCUCAGUCUGACAUUGACCAGCUGACCAAUGACCUCUCCUGCCCUCUUUACACUGCUGUGGACUCCGGACAUCUGAACGUGGUGAGGCUGUUGAUAAGACGAGGAGCUCAGGUGAACAGAACCCAUACGGAGUCCUGCUGGACCUGCUUGCACCAGGCUGUUUACAAGGGUCACAGUGGAAUUGUGAGACUGCUGGUGAAAGUCUGCAACCUGGAAGCUCGUGACGACCACGAAAUCACUCCUUUGUUUGUGGCGGCUCAGUAUGGGAGACAGGAAUGUUUGGAAAUCCUCAUUAAAUCAGGUGCCGAUGUAAACGCUCAGGCUGCUGACCUUGCCACCCCACUGAUGAUCGCCUCUCAGGAGGGUCACAGUGCCUGUGUGGACCUUCUUUUGGAUCAAGGAGCUGACCCAAAUCUGGCUUGUAGUCUGGACUGGCCUCAGUUACCCAUUCAUGUUGCGGCUCAGUGUGGACACCACAGAAUCCUCAGUAGACUCGUCACCCUCACUGACCGGGCCUGCGAUCAUGGCACUGGUCAGGUGAGUCCACUGUACAUGGCGGUCCACAAAAAUGAGAGUGUCUGUGUGGAGCUUCUUCUGAAAAAAGGUUUUAGUCCUAACGCUCAAGACUGCACCGCGACUCUGGGCUUCCGGUCUCCACUGUCCCUUGCCCUCAUUUGGACCUCACCUCUCAGUGCGUGCGUGAAGCUGCUAGUGGCGGCAGGAGCCACUUUCCAGGAAGAGGACUGGUCCUUUGCACUGGGUACGGAGGAUAUGGACCUCCUGAAGCUGGUUUUACACCACAGGUGGAUCCCAACUCCUCCUUGUGCUAGUGUACACCCGGGUCCGCAUCCCGUUGGUAAAAUAGCACUGAUGCCAGCAGAGGUGGAGUCGUUGAUCCAUGAGGGUCAGAGACAAGUGGCGUUUGCCUCCAGGUGGCUUCCUCUGGUUUUGCAGGCUGGUCUAGACCCUUCACUGUUGCUCCUGCCAGAUGUACUAAAACAGGUGGAUGGGGAAGUGCUGAAUCUAUUACUAGAGUUUGUCAACUGGUCUACCAUGUCAGCACAUCUGACGCACAUUCUGAAUGAGAGGCGGCAGGAACAGAGCUGGACACCUUCUCCAUAUUAUGACUCCCCACCACCUCUCCUCCACCUCUGCCGGCUUCAACUAAGAGCAGUAUUUGGAGCCAGCAUUCUGAUGAGGAGCAGCGUUGUCCAGCAGCUACCUGUCCCCUCACUACUGCAUUCGUACUUGCAGUUCAAUGACAUUCUAUCCUCGUUCCCAUCUCCUCUUACCCCCUCCACUCACUUGUGACAAUGAGUCCUGGCGAAGAACAAGAUACCUGAAGGAAAUCCAUACAGCACCUGUAGCACAAUAACGAUUGUUGUGUUUUUACUAAAAUAAGGCACUAGUUCUGAUCUACACUGCUGACUCAAACCAAUUAUUCUGUUUAAAAGUAUUUGACAGAUCCAGUAUAAAGGAGUGUUUAAAAUUUUACAAAU